UCAACGAAUCAAAGUCUCUUUUCAGAUAUCAUUGACUGGCCUUUUAACGGUAUUGGAAUCCGGCAAUAAUAUCUGAUUUUUCAUAAUAGAAAUGAAGCUCAGUGACCAGGUUCUGAAGAAAUUCCGGGUUGCAAAAAUUUUCAAGGAAAAUACCGAUAAAAUCAAUUCAAUCGACUUCUCGGAAGAUGGAACAACUCUGAUUUCGAGCAGUGACGACGAUUCAAUACAAAUUUACGACGUGGUCAAAGGAGUUCCUGGAAAAACGCUUUUUAGUAAGAAAUAUGGAGUGGAUAUAAUUCGGUAUACCCAUCAAGCAAACUGUGUCAUUUACAGCUCCAAUAAAAUCGAUGACACUCUGCGAUACCUUUCUGUUCACGACAACAAAUACAUACGAUACUUUGCGGGACAUUCCAAAAAAGUUGUCACUUUAUGCAUGUCACCAGUUGAUGAUACUUUCCUUUCUGGGUCUCUUGACAAAACUAUUCGUCUUUGGGACUUGCGAUCCACAAACUGCCAGGGGUUGAUGAAUCUGCCCGGUAGACCAGUCGCUGCCUUUGACCCCGAAGGAUUGAUCUUUGCAGCUGGAAUAAACUCUGAAAUGAUCAAAUUAUAUGAUCUGAGAUCAUUCGACAAAGGGCCUUUCUCAACAUUCCGACUUCAACAGGACAAGGCUUGCGACUGGACUGGUAUGAAGUUUAGCAAUGACGGUAAAAUGAUACUGAUUUCUACUAGUGGGUCUAUAAUUCGAUUAGUCGAUGCGUUCCAAGGAAACUUGCUGCAAACCUUCACUGGUUUCAACAAUACCAGAAACGCUCCUUUGGAGGCGAGUUUCACUCCAGACGCUCAGUUUGUGUUGUCUGGAUCAAGCGAUGGUAAGCUCCACGCAUGGUCUUGUGAAACAGGGGCUAAAAUAAGCACAAUGGAGGGCAAGCAAUCUUCAACAAUUUACAACGUUCAGUUCAACCCCAAAUAUAUGAUGCUAGCGAGCACCUGCAAUCAAAUGAGUUUUUGGAUUCCGGACAUCGAAGAAGACGCUAUGAAUGCAGAGCUUGGGGCAUUCAAAAAAUGAGAUAGCUCUGAUAUAAUUAGCGAUAAAUAAUUUCUUCAAGAAUAGGCGAUACAUUUUGUGCAUGUUGUUGAUAUCAAUUUUUAUCGAGUUUCGAGUGUAAUAUCCAUGCUUCUCUUUCAAUAAUUUCUUUCUAGAUGUUUUUCCUUUGUUUCAAUUUAACUAUCUUCUGU